AUGUGGCCCGUCGGCUGCUUCGGCAUCCCGUGCAGCUCCUUCAGCCGCGGGCCCACCCAGCAGCCUCAGAGCAGCUGCCGCCUCAGGGCUUUCCAGCGCAGGGAGCAGCCUCUCGCCGCGCAGCAGCCCGGCUCCGCCCGACCGCAGGGUGAGGAUGGCCAGGCAUGCCUCCCCAGUGGGAGCCGGGAUCCACCCGUUCUGCGGGGAUGCCGCUUUCCAGGUCUCUCUUCUGAAACAAAUGAGGAUGAAAAUGCUAAACAGCAGUUUAACCCAACCACUCCUCCAUGUGGAAAUUGGGGUGGGAACUCAAAGAUGCCUCCAUUUAAGAUUGGAUGUGCAAUCACAAAGAUGCCAAGAAACCCAGUGAAACCUGAAACUGAAUUUUCAGACUCUGAUGAGGAAGGUAGACUUGUCAUUGAUCUGCCACCAGAAGUUCCUAAUAAAAAGCCAAGAAUAAGAAGGAACUGUAGAAAAGCUAACAGGGACAAAGAACUGACUGCUGUAAUGUGUGCAGGAAAAUUACAUGAUGAUGCUAUAGCAGACAUUCUUGGGAGUAGCGAAGAUAAGUCUGAGGAAAUUACUUUGCGGAAAAACAGCAAAAGUUUAAAUAAACUUGGAAAACUAGGCAGUGUUUCUCCAAAAGCAAGAGAGAUUUGUUUGCCUGAUGUAACCACUGGUAUGUUGAAGGGUUUGGGGGAAAGAGAUGCCCUUACUUACAGUGAGGACAAAUAUGUGUCUUCAGCUGCUUCUACUGAGGCAGGCAUGGAGAAGGGAAUUCUGAAGCAAGGAAAUGCAAAAACUAAUAUGUUGGUGAAAGCAUUUCAGGAGAGUACUACUAAUGAAAUCUGUGUGAAGAGCAGAAGAGUAACAGAGUCUCCCUUGUGUACUGGUCACUCAUCAAAAGAUGGAACUGCAAUUGGAAGACCUUAUAAGGAAAUUAUAAAUACAGAGAAAGGACAGAGUAUAGAAGAAAGUGGGGGUAAUGAUAGUGCAAAAGAUACAUACCUCUAUUCAACUUAUUACUUAAAUAAGAAAGAAAGUGGUCUGGGUUCAUCCACUGAGGAAGCGGAAACCAGUGGGGAGGACACAGGGCUCUCUGAACCAGAUGAUCCUUUAGAGGAGUGUCGAAGAAUUUUUGAUGAGUUUGAAAGAGAAGCAAGAAAGAAGGACCAUGAUCAGCAGGCUCUAAUAGAAGAACAAUCUAUUUAUGAUCGCAUUGGCAAUAAAAAGAUGUACCUGAAUCUUGCUGUGAAGACUCUCAAAAAGCUAAGAGGUCUUGGGCAACCUAAUAACAGCAGAUCUUCCAGUGGCACAGGAUCCCUACAGUCAGAGGAAGAAAAAGAUGGUGCUCUAUAUGAACUCUUAAAAAAGUAUCUUCUGACUAAGGAGCAGUUGAACGAAAAUAACUUCCCUCGACAACAUCCUGGAAAAAAUGGUAGUGCUAUUCUUACUGGUGUAAAAAAUUGUGGAUGUAAUGCUUUCAAAAGGGUCUGCUGUAGGUGUGGUGAAAUAUAUGCUGUUACUUCUUCGGGAACACAUCAACGUAAAGAGGAAUGCAACUAUCAUUCUGGUGGAGUAUUGAAACAAAGAGUACCUGGUGGUGUAGAAAAACGUUACACCUGUUGUGAGAGAGUAGUUGGGUCUCCUGGAUGUCAGAUUGCAAAGCUUCAUGUUCAUGAUGGGAGAAGGGAGAAAUUGGAAGGCUUCAUGAAGACGUUAAUUAAAUCACCACCUCUUGAUGGAACCCAUGAUGUAUAUGCUCUGAACUGCGAGAUGUGUUACACAACCCGUGGCUUGGAACUAACUAGAGUCACAGUGGUUGAUCCUAAACUACAGGUUGUGUAUGAUGUAUUUGUUAAACCAGAUGGUAAAGUUGUGGACUACGAUAUAAGACUCUCUGGAGUAAAGAAGAAUGAUCUGAAAAAUACCACAACAACUCUUCGGGCUGUACAGGCGGUACUGCUAAACUUGUUCAGUGUGGAUACAAUUUUAAUUGGACACAACAUGGAAAACGACUUAUUUGCUCUCAAGCUAAUUCAUGACAUGGUGGUGGACACAUCAGUAGUGUUUCCUCAUCCGCUAGGUUUGCCUCACAAAAGAACACUUAGAAGUCUGACAGCUGAUUACCUCAGGAGAAUUCAUCAAGAUGAUGAUGGUUAUAAUUCCAGGGAAAAUGCAAUGGCUUGUAUGGAACUAAUCCUUUGGAAGGUCAGAGAGGAUAAUGGAAUGAGAAAACAGUGAUUAUUGUGGCUCUGGAGG